AUGCAUCAAGAACUCAAUUUGGAAUUAGGUUUAGCUCCAUAUGAUCCAUGGAUUGUAAAGAAGAAAUUAACCGAGACUGAUCUUAGUUAUGGUGGUUCGCUUAUCUUACCGAAACAAGAUUUUGAAACAAUACUUCAGGAGAUGGAACGUCGCUUCGUCGAGAAUUUGGUAAACGGUGUUGAAGUGAAGGUCCAUAUUAUAGAGGAAGGUCAUGAAUCUGAUGACUACACAUUAACGCUGAUCAAGUGCAAUAGCAGCUAUAUGUUGAGAGGAGGUUGGUACAAUAUUGCUAAGUCAAAAGGUUACAAACCAAACGAUGAAAUCGGACUUAUGUGGGAUAAGUGGUCUAGGCGAUUCUUGUUCCACCUUAUUAAGUAG